AACAUAAGAAAAGAAAAUGACACAUCCAGUUAAAUGAAGUCUCUCUUAAACCAAAUCCAGUUAAAUAAUUGUCGGUUUAACGUUUUAAACUAGUGCUUAGCCAAUAAUUGUCGGUUUAACGAUUUAAACCAACCCACAAAACAGCGAAACACAUUCAUCAUACCUUUUUUUUCUUUGUUUCAAAUCAAAACAUAGACAUCACAAUCAAUUCAUAAGACCCACACGUCACAUGUAUAGUAGAUGCGUGUGCGUGAUCUUCUAGAGAAGCACUGCCAGAGACAUAAAUACAUAUAGAUAUUUAUCUUAAAAUAUCCAAUCAUUUUCUUACAAGAAAUAAAUAAUUAUUUUAUCAGAAUUUUUUCAUCUACCAUAUGAGCCGUGAUAAUAAAUAAAUAAAUAAAAUAUCACAUCAUAACAUGAGACGUGGCUCGUGAUAAUAUGAGCCACGGAACGCUACCAAUCAAACCCGGUUCUUAUACUCGCGUUGGAGCGGAAAAAUUCAAACCGAAAUUGAAUUUCACCCGGUUUAAUCCGGUUUUCUCCGAUUACUGUUUCACUUUCCCUUACUUUCGUCUCUCUCUCUCUCUCUCUCUCUCUGCAAGCGAUUUCGAGAAGAAGCUAAAGAAAAUGGCGUCAACACGUCUCUUCGUUCUCUACUGCUUCUUCUUCGUCUUCUCAAUCAUCUUCUCCGUUUCCGAAUCUAAAGCCUUGCAGCCUCACGCCGCCGAGUCCUUUAACGUCAGCCUCAUCCAGAAACUGAGGAGUAGUUGCUCGUACACAGUGAUCAUCUCGACGAGCUGUUCGUCGUCGAGGUACACGCGCGACCAAAUCAGCGUGGCUUUCGGCGAUGCAUACGGUAACCAGUGUUCACGGUAUCAACGGUGUAGCUUUGGUGUUUAAAGGUUUGGUUCUUUUGAGAUGAAAAGGACACAUCUCUGGUAUAGAUGAAACUAGUAGUGUUGUAGCAUGGUGAUAGACAUCUAAUAUCAGAUGCUGACGUGGGAAAGGAAUAGAGCAAACUCUCUGGAUGGUUUGGCAGGUUUGCCGUUAGAAGAAGACUCACGAUAGAGACUGAGAUAUAAAUAGAGUUCUCCCUCUUCAUUCGUUCUUUAUGCUUUGUAUAUUGAUGUUGUAGACGCUAUGAGUCUCGGCACGGUCGCCAUGAGAUCGUCGUGAUCAAUCAUCUUCGCCAUGAGAAGGUGAUUGUGAUCGGAAUCUGCAAAGCUAUCUUGUAUUCAUUGUUCUAUCUUGCAUUCUGGUUUGAUUGAGGAGUUAGAGAUAUCAAUACUCUAUCAUUGGUGCGGUGAUACUGGUUCGGAUUCAACGCGGUGCUGCGAUUGUGUGAAGGAGCGGCGAAGACGAAGUGAUCGGAUCAAACUAAGUGGUGCGACAGAGUUGACGGAGCGGUGAAGCAAUUUGAUCGGAGAGUUCGUCCUCGAUCAAUAAUACAAUUUUGUUGGUGACGAGAGUUGAUUCGUGAUUUUACAAGCAAUUGGUGUGUUGGUGAGCCGUUCGAUUGCUGCGAGGUGACGGUGAGCUCGGAUCGUGUGAUUGCGACGGUGUACUCCGAUCGAUCAGACGCAACUGUGAAAUCGGAGCGUGACGAUGAGUUCUGAGAAAGUUACGGUUUUCAGUGGCGUUUCAGGUGAUUUGCGGCCAUGGAUAGCAUAUAUGGAGUUUGGAUUCUCUCUCUUUAAAAAUUUAGAGCUUGACAAGUUAUCUUGGGCUAAGCUAUUCAUGGAUGGUACAGCCAAAGAGUAUGUUAAAAGGUUAGAGAGGAUAUCUCCUUUUAAGAGCUGGCAUGAGAUGAAAUACGCUUUGUUGUUGGUGUUUGGGGAGAAAGAUGAUCCUGAUAAAGUUAGGUUGCAAAUAGAAUCUGAGCAGAAAAUGAAGCGUUGGAUGGAUGAUUAUGAUCGGAAGAAGAAACCAUGGAGAAAGUCUGAAACGAUCCAAGAUGAUGCGAAAAUGAAGCUUACAAUACAUCAUAACGUCAAUUCUCUGGAUAUGAGUGGUUCUGCAGUAGAAGUGAAUUUGGGAGAGGAUGCAGGCUCAAACGAGAAUUCUGUUGAUGAGAUGGAAGUAGAGCAGGAGACAAACUCAUUACUUAUGGAAGAUUCUGAGGAUAAAAUUGUGACAGAAAAUACAGAAAUUGUGAUUAAGAAGGGUUCACUUUCUGUAUUUGAUCACAUAGCAGAUUUUGGAAGUGAAGUAGGAUCUACUGACCUUGUGGCGUUGAGUGAUUCUUUUACACAGUACGAACCGCAGAAGCCAAAUCCAUCAGGUACAGAAGCAACUGAGGAGAAAAUAGUUGACAAAAUUGUAGAGAUGUCUCAGACUCAGACAGAUAUGGUGCAGCAGAUGACUUUAUCAUCGGUGGAUGGAUUGUCUGUGAAUCCUAGUGGUCGUCUUGUUAAUAGUUGCUCGUCACCAGAAUUGAUGCUGAAGCAAGAUUCAUUUCCUAUUGCUGUUCAAGAAUCAAGUUCUGAGACUGUUCAAGCGGAAGAACCAAAUAAGGAGAUAGUGUUACCACCUGUGGUAGAAGUUACAGUGAGAUUGGAUGACUGUCUCGGCUGGAGUAGGUCUUCUCCAGAAAUUUUACUCAAGAAAGAUUCAUUUGGAGAGAUUGACCACGAGAUUGAGUUGCAAGACUCUGCUGAUAAUUUGGUGCUGAAUGAUUUGUCUGUGGAGAAUGAAUUGCAGGUGUCGAAUUCAUCAUCUAUGGAAGAACUCGAGGAAAAAUCUGGGGUGCAGGAGUCUUCUUUGAGGCAUCCAAGCUGCUUCCUUGACCCUGUUUUGUCUAUGAAGUUUAAAGCAACUGCAGAAAGGCCUCACUGUUGGUCAGAGUUUUUGAAGCCUGCAGUAGAGCAUGCCUAUGAUGCGUAUUAUAUUGCUCAGACUGAAGCAAUGCUGCAGAUGAAUCAGCAGUGGACUGAUGUAUCAAGGCAAGGUCGUGGAAACCAACAGAAGUGCCGCAAAACUUGGAAAUUCAAGUUAAAAAAAAGGAAGUUCUCGCAGAGAGUUCCAGGACAGCGUUUCAAAUUCACAGAAAAGAAGUUUAAGCUCAUGAGCAGAGUAGAUAUUAUGGGGGAAGAGACUAUGAAUACGAGAUGGAUGAAGGUUGCAGGUGUCUGGUUUGGGAUUUGGAGGACGUUGAUUAAUGAGGCAGCUAUACGGAAUGUCAAAUGGAACUGUUGUCUUUAUUUGCUUGUCGUGGCAUUCAACAAUAAGAAUUUGCAGGAAGGGGACAAUGCAGUGUAUAGGAGCAGACUGAGACACACACAUACAUCACGAGUGAUAUGUAAAAUGAGAUUGAUUCAACCGGUCAAGGAACUGAAACAGUUUGCUUUAAAGGAUGGCAAGUUUCAAGUGAAGCAUAAAUGGAGGUUUAAAUCUGCUUCAGUUUGGUCAAAUGGGGUCUUCUCAUGAAAGUUUUUCUAUCAUGUUAAUCAGUCCAAGCUUGUGGGCAAGCUUGUCUUUGAGGGAUGGAGUAUAUACGAGAAUAAGAGUGUGUGGGCUGAUAGAGGUUGAGGUGAUUUGGUGCGUUAGCCAACUGUGGGAAAAAGAAGUACGAAUUACACAUUAUCUGUUACAAGUUGUGAAGCAUCUACUGAAUGAUAAAAGAUGCAAGUGGUGGAUAUACAUCAAGAGUCAGUUACAACAAGUUCUCGUACAACAAAGGCAUACGUGGAAGAAGUGUCCCAAGACAUGGAUGUUCAAAUAUAAAGCUAGAAUAAAGCACACGCAAGCUCUGCCAUUACAUGUUUUGCUUAGUCUGUGGAGGUGUUCUUGCUUUGUUUGGCAUCGCUGGAGAAGUAAGGAUGAUUCCACUUGUCCUUCUGAGAUGGUUGGCGUAUAAGAGUGGCAAAAAAAAAAAAAAAAAAAAAAUGUAUAGAGAUUGAAGCGGGAACGUUAAAGGCAUAUAGACUUUCUCAAUGGAGCUGCACGUCAGUUUAUGAAUGCAUAAGAUGGUGGUUUCUUUUCAUACAAGCUUGAGGGCAAGCUUGUUUUGGUUGAGGGGAGUAUUGAUAGACAUCUAAUAUCAGAUGCUGACGUGGGAAAGGAAUAGAGCAAACUCUCUGGAUGGUUUGGCAGGUUUGCCGUUAGAAGAAGACUCACGAUAGAGACUGAGAUAUAAAUAGAGUUCUCCUUCUUCAUUCGUUCUUUAUGCUUUGAUGUUGCUGUAGAUUGACGCCAUGAGUCAUCUUGACCCGAUCGCCAUGAGAUCGGUGACGAAGGUGAAGCUCGCCAUGAGAGCCUAGCCGGAGUCAAGCUCAAAGCUGUUCGUUUAUCAUCUUGUAAUCUCUGUUCUAGCUUGUACUUGGUGUUGGAGUGAUCAAUAAGAAGAGUCUGAGAGUUAGAGAUAUCUAAACUCUAUCACAU